ACCCAUGCCACAACGAACUACGAGCUUCUCGGUCGUCUCGGUCGCGACUGGCAGAGGAGGAGGAGGGUGUUUUCGUUUUGCCUCGUCUUCGGCGAGCGUCGUCGCCGUAUGUUCGAAAAAAGACUGCCAAAUAACAAGUAUUGUGCCUGCUUUUAAGCAUUGUUAGCGCAAUUAAUUUUUUUCUACAAUGUAUUUCUAUAAUUUGUUCUACCGUUGUUGUCGACUGUGAAUCCUUGCUGGAUUUUUCUCUAUGGAUCCAGUGUAUCUGCCAGUCGUCGCCUGUCAUCUCAUGUGUUGUGCCAGCGGUCGUGCUCGUCGUAACUUCGAUGUGCAAGCGUACGCGGCCUCAACGAGCGUUACCUUAGCGCAGCUGCAGCAGUGGUCAUGGGUUCCCAGCUGAGCUCGGAGGUGAUGGGAGCCUUUCGACAGUCUCAGGUGUUUGGUGAGAUCACCACACUCACAUUUGAGCGCUUCCUGGCCAAAGUGGAUGAGCUGAAUGAUAUAUGCCAGUACCUGGUGGACACGAAAAACCGCCGCCUUGUGUUUGAAGUGCACAGCACAUCCGAGACACCUGUGCUGUGGAAGAGCGAGGUCCGCAUCCGCUGCCACAGAGUUGGCUCGGGUGAAGCUCGGCUGCUGACCUUGCGGCAGUUCUUGCACACAUACCACACCAUCAAGGCCUACUACUCGGCUGCAGCCUCCUGUGGAGAGUCCCCUCCGGGUAACAUGUGUGCGUCCACCUUGUUCACUGGUGUCCUGGGCACUACCACCACUGAUCUGGAGGAGUGCUGCAUCUGCAUGGAGCACAGGCCAGAAGUGACCCUGCCCUGCACACAUAGCUACUGCCUGCGAUGCAUCGAGCAGUGGAAUGUGUCCAACACAACGUGUCCCCUGUGCCGGGAGGAGUUUGAGAGCACCAAGGAAACCUGGGUCAUCUCGGAGGCUCCUGAGUCGUCGGAGGUGCUGAGUGAAAUGCAGAAGGCGCUCUCCCAGCUGCCUGAACAGAAAAGCAGCCCAUCGGCACGAUAAACUGGCUGUGUGCUGCUAAGUCAAGAGAGUGAUCAUGCUGCCACUUGCUUGCUUGGAAAUAAUAUAUGCCUUCUGCAACAAUACACAUUAUUAUUUGCAACAAAUAGCAUUGCUGUUGUGGCGUAAUAUGCCUCCACUACAUGCAUGAGCCUGCUAGGCAAGCAGCAAUAAUGAAAUGUUAUGAAGUAAAUCGCAUGAGAGGCAUUUAUGACAUUCCUUGAAGAAAAGAAAUGCUUGAAGGGUCGCAGUGCAUAUGCUAAACAUGAGAAGCCUGCCUUUUCUUCAUUAGUAAUAGGUGUCGCCAUCAGGUUCAAGUUAUGUGGAAAUAUUUAUAAAAACUUUCAUAUAUCAUUGGCUUCUUUAAAAAUUGACAGCAGUCAAAAGUUAUAAAAAGUGCCAAAUAUUUGUUGAGUAAUAUAUAGAUGAGGGUACCAAACCUCGAAAGUAUUUCAGAUAUUGAAACAAUCAUCAGUUUCAAAUUCAGCAUGCCCAAAAUAUGCAUAUGCACAUGAACAACUUGUCUGAUAUGAACUAUUACUGGUGAAAAAAAAAACAAUGGGGAACCCCACCACAGCACCAUAUGCUGCCAGCAGCCACCUAGCUCAGUUUGUCUCUCUACUGUACUCAAAAAGUGUAAACUGCGGGUUCAAGCCUAGCGAAGCCCAGUACCAUGUAAGUUGCAUGCUGCUAUGCACACGCAGUUAUCUUUCUUCACUUCACUUCACUUUAUUACCUUAAAGACCCCAGUUAAGGGGUAUUACAUAAGGGGUUGGUUCACAAAUAAAGGUUACAGAGAGUGAUCUUCAUAAGAAACAAAUGUAGUUAAGUUAAGUUAAGUUAGUUAAUGUAGUUAAGUUAAGUUAAGUUAAGUUAACUUAACAAUUAGGUUAAGUUAAAUGUAGUUAAGUUAAAUGUAGUUAAGUUGUCCGCAAACGUUUAUGAACACGUGAUGGCUGCAAUAUCACGGGAAGGCCAUUCCAGUCCGCUGCUGUGCGAAAAAAAAAUGAGGCCGCCAAAGUAGUGGUGCGAGCACGUGUGCGUGCGAUUGAGUAAGGAUGGGAUGUACGGGGAGAUUUGCGCACCGGUGGGAUGAUGUACGGUGCUUGAUUGAGGGGACUGUGAAAUAAUUUGUGAAACAAAGACUGGCGAUGCGGCGCCUUAGGGUAUCAAGCUUUAUGAUCAUCAUCAGGCUCUUUUACGUCUACUGCAGGGCCCCUAUAAUGUAAGACUAUUCCAAUCUGUUUUUAUUCCAAAUCGGCGUUCGCCCUUCCUGGUAGCUCAGAAUUGUUUGGGUCCAGCCCAUAUGGGCAGGCGCCACACCCAUAUGGGCAGACCCUGAGCCAUCUUGAUCUAUCACGGAGGGUUAAUGGUCGAUUUGGAAUAAAAACAAAUUGGAAUAGUUUAUGUUAUACUGGCCCAGGAGCAAGUCCUCUCUCAAAUAUCUCCAAUUAUACUCUUGCGUCAGCUGACACCAUAUUUAGGGUCCUUCAUUUACGGAUAAAACUCAAUGAUUCCCUAUUUUUGCAUUCCAAACAAAUAUUUUGAAAAUCUGGUUAAGCUUGAUUUAUCCUCAAAAUUACACCGUUUCAUGAAGGAUAAGAAAAAAAUUCAGGCAUUGCAAAAGCAACGAAUGGUAAGGGGUCAAGACAGAUACUGCGGCAGACAUCUGCCAAUAUUAAAAGUUAAUGUUGAUGUACAUUACUACAGAGUGAGUUCAAACAGCAUCUGCUAGAAUGAAGCCCCAAGAGCAGCAUUCAUGUGCUCACAAGACGCUACGGCCCGCUACCCCAACCUAGCGAAUGCAGGGCUGAUGCUGCUCUGCAUUGUAAAUGAUAGUUGUGAAGCUGAUGUUUUCCUAACUAAGAUAUGUCCAAAGCCCAACAAUUGUAGAAUGGACACAAAAAUGGACAAUAUGCAAAUGAUGUUGUACAGUCACGGUCAAAAAUAUGCAGCCCAUGGCUCCAGGCGCAGGAGCGGCUGCGGGGCCACGCUGUGGCGCUGCCAUCUCCAUCAGGUGCCUGCUGUGAGGGUGCAUCGAAUGACAACAAACUUCACCCUCACUCUCGUGCAGCCAUGUCACCCACUUGAUAAAUUUCAGAUGCGGCGCUCAGCUGUUUCACUGCUGGUGGUCAGUGCACAGGAGGGCGCUUCCAUUUUGCUUCGUUUGCCACGCUGCCGUAGUUCUUGGCAUGGCUGCGGCGAACGGCUUGUGGGCACAACUGGUAGGCUCAGACAGUUUCUGCAACGUGAGUGUAGUAACGCUUUCGCCUUAAACGAGGAUGGAACAUUAGACAGGACAGGCAUUGUAGUGGUACCAACACCAGCAACAAUAACCACCAACAAAGUGGUUGCUCUUUGCUUGCUAUCCUAUGCACCAGGGCCUUGCCAUUGCGUCUUCCGUUAAGAGCCUGCAUGCAUGUGCGCCAUCCGUUCAAGCACCACGCACGGAAGUGCUGCACAUACAAGCGCGAGGUGCACGCAAACAUGAAGCGCGAACCCAAAUUGGACACUGCCGGGCAUAGGUGCCGUGCGCUUAGCCGAACGGCUGAAUGCGCGCCUGCCGGAGCUUGUGCAUGUAUGCAAGAAAUCCAAGCAGGUGCUGGCACGGGGAGGAAGGCAAGCGCACACUGACAAACUGUCUUUCCAACUGACCAUCAGCUGCAAAGCAGCCAAACACCACACUUGAAAUUUAUCAAACAUGUGACUUGGCCACACGAGAGUGAGAGUGAAGAUUAGCGUUACUUAGUGCACUCUUGCAACGAGUGCCCAAUGGAGAUAGCCGCGCCACGGUGUGGCCCUGCAGAUGCUCCUGAGCCCGCAGCCGUGGGCCGCAUAUUUUUUACCACGGCUGUACGUCGACAAGGGUUUGUAAGAGAAGCAUCACAACUUUUGCAAAAGCAUGCCCGUGGGGAUAUGUGCUUUUUUUCCCUUUCUUCUGGAGAACAAAGUAAACAAAGAAUGGCAUAGCUGGUCUUUAUUGCUGUUUUUGUGUAUAUGGUUUCUUUAAAGACUAUAAAUAAUGCCUGCCAAUGAGGAUUUGUAUAGCUAAGUUCGUCACAUGACUUGUGAGUAGCUCUCUUCCUUAUUAUUUGUUUCUGUGAGUGAUCUUACUUCUUCAAAUAAAAUGUUUCUCGCCA